AUCGUGACGUAUCUAUCUCCCCCCUUUGAUCUCUGCCGGAGCCGCCGUUGACGAUCAAUCUUUUUUGUUCCUCGCCGAAAGAAGAUUCACAGGGUCAACACUUCCACCAGCAGAUGUUGUUUGUUUAGAAAGAAGACGAUAAAGUAAAGUCUCGGGGGAAAUGAGGUCUUCUUCCGACACAAUCAACAUCGCUGCUAUUGCUCAGAGACUUGAUGUCGAUAAUCGGAUUGCCAUCCGUUUCUACUAUCGGAUCGCUGAUAAUAUUCUCAAGCAGGCUGAUAUCUUUCGGGCAGAGAAGAAUAUUAUUGAUCUAUAUGUUAUGCUUCUAAGAUUUUCUAGUUUGGUGUCCGAGACAAUACCAUGUCACCGAGAUUAUAAGGCAUCUCCACAAAGCAAGAAAGUUGCUUUGAGAAAGAAAUUGCUGAAUUCUUUGGAUGAACUGGAGGAGUUGAAACCGUUGGUCCAACAGAAGGUUAAUGAACCUAACAGACCGCGAGCCUCCCUACAAAAUGAGUGGGGAAGACCUCAUUCAAAUAACUUGAUUCAGUUUUCUCCAGUCAAGAAGCAAGCUAUUGCCUACACCGGUCAAACAAAGGCCGUGAGACCAGUUGCUGGAGAUUUUGUCUACCGAGGAUCAAGGGGUCGGCAGUUUUCUUAUGCUAGGCCAGUGGAACAGCAUUUCCAAAGACUAUCUCUAGCUCUUCCACGCCCAAAGGAGGAAACUCUCUCCAAACAUUCUAUUCUUGGUCCCAGUGGGCUUAUAGGGCAGUGGCAGCCACCUAGAAGUGAUAAAGGGAUCAGGUAUCCAAUUGACAUAGACCUGUCUCCAGUUGAAAUACCAAGCCUUCGACAGUCUGUGGAAGAUGGACCACUGGAGGAUAAAAAAGAUAAUAGCAUCUCAGACAACAGUAGGUUGGACCGAGAACCAGUUCUUGCUGUGAGUGAGAAUUGCCACGCCCAGCAUACGGUGGAGCCUGUUUCUCUUAUCUCUUUUGAAACAACUGAAGUCUCUGCUCCAAUAGAAGUUAUCAGACAGCCGUCACCUCCACCGGUACUUGCUGAAGUACAAGACUUGAUCCCUGCGAUGUCAGCACAGUUUACAGAGGCAGAAAGUAAGAUAGAGGCUCCCGCAUCAGAUGAUAUUGUGCGGGCUGAAACUCCUCUGCAACUUCACAUUUCAACUGCUUUGAUGGAGAAUUUUAUGAAGCUUGCCAAGUUAAAUACAGACAAAAAUCUAGAGACUUGUGGCGUCCUUGCUGGUUUGCUUAAAAACAGAAAAUUUUAUGUGACAGCUCUUAUCAUCCCUAAGCAGGAGUCGACAUCGGAUUCUUGUCAGACCACAAAUGAAGAGGAAAUUUUUGAUGUACAGGAUAAGCUAUCUCUUUUCCCCCUUGGUUGGAUUCAUACCCAUCCUACGCAAUCUUGCUUCAUGUCAUCAAUUGAUGUGCACACCCAUUACUCAUAUCAGAUCAUGCUGCCAGAAUCUGUUGCAAUAGUUAUGGCCCCAAGGGAUAGUUCGAGGACCCAUGGCAUCUUUCGCUUGACAACUCCUGGGGGCAUGUCGGUCAUAAGACAGUGUCAGCUACGCGGCUUUCAUUCCCAUAAUCCACCUCCAGAUGGUGGGCCCAUUUACAAAACCUGUACAGAUGUUUACAUGAACCCAGAUUUAAAAUUUGAUGUCAUUGACCUUCGAUGAUUAGAUUUCUUAAUGCUUGCAUAAAUAUCCGGUAAUCUAAUUGUUAAUUUUCCAAGUCUUUCCAAUCCAAUUAAGCCAUCAAAGUACUACAUUGACAUUCGAGUUUGUAAAAAGAAUAUUUUCUAAAAAUUUACAUAAAUGUGUGUUUGGGAUGAAAGGAGCCCCAUCCCACAUUCCCCUGUA